UCUAUCAAAAUCGUCUAUUUAUCCUUGAUUAAUGGCGGUUUAGAUCGAUAAUCCAUAAAAAUAAAAAAUCAAACUUCUUGUGGAAUUUGGUUUGGGUUUUUCAGGUGAAUUUCGGAGAGAGAGAGUUCCAGUUUGAAAAGUAAUUUCUCAAGUGCUUCCUUAUCUAACAGCCUCUUCUCUCUCAAAAACAAAAAAAAAAAUUCACUUUUUGAUACUUUUCUUAAUAGACAUUAUCAGACAAAUCGUUUUUUGAACGCUUCCCACGAAAUUCAGCUCAAGACCCAGAAAUCUUCACACUGAAUAAAAGUGGUUUUCUUUCUCUGAUUAUUGAAAUCUGCGAUCUGGUUUUAUUUGGGGGUAAAAAAAAAAAUUCUUAAUUUGCGAAUUUAGCUCUUUUGGGUUGGUAAUUUGUGAAGAUGGUUGGUUAAUUGUGCCAAAAUCUGAGUUUUUGAUUUUGAGCUUUUUGUUUUCCGAGGGAAAUUUGCGAGCUUUUUAUUGAUCUGGGUCUUUCUCUUUGGGCUUAUAGAUUGGAGGGGACUCAGUUUUAGUGGCAAUGAUGAGAGAAAAGCUAGGGCUUUUGGUUUGGGUAUGGUUUCUUCUAUGCGGGUCUUCUUUUGGUAGGUUCGUGGUGGAGAAGAAUAGCUUGAAAAUGACUUCUCCGACUUCGUUGAGAGGUGUCUAUGAAUGUGCAAUUGGUAAUUUUGGAGUCCCUCAGUAUGGAGGAACCUUGGUUGGGACUGUGGUUUAUCCGCAAGCCAAUCAGAAAGCAUGCAAGAGCUUCGACGAUGUCGGUAUUUCAUUCAAAUCGAAGCCCGGAGGACUACCCACUUUUCUUCUCGCCGAUCGAGGAGAUUGUUACUUCACGUUGAAGGCAUGGAAUGCACAGAAUGGCGGAGCAGCGGCUAUCCUUGUUGCAGAUGACAGGACUGAACCAUUGAUUACCAUGGACACUCCUGAAGAAGAACAUGCGGAUGCUGAUUAUCUGCAAAAGAUCACCGUUCCCUCAGCUCUUGUCAGCAAAUCCUUGGGUGAUAGCAUAAAGAAAGCCCUUUCUAGUGGGGAGAUGGUUAACAUUAAUCUUGAUUGGACAGAGGCUCUUCCACAUCCUGAUGAGCGAGUUGAGUAUGAAUUUUGGACAAAUAGUAAUGAUGAAUGUGGACCUAAAUGCGAAAGCCAGAUUGAGUUUGUCAAGAACUUCAAAGGAGCAGCUCAGAUACUCGAGCAGAAAGGGUACACUCAGUUUACUCCUCACUACAUUACUUGGUACUGCCCAGAAGCUUUUAUCUUGAGCAGACAGUGCAAGUCUCAGUGCAUUAACCAUGGGAGGUACUGUGCUCCGGAUCCUGAGCAGGACUUCACUAAAGGUUAUGAUGGGAAGGACGUUGUGUUACAAAAUCUACGCCAAGCUUGCUUCUUUAAAGUGGCCAAUGAAAGUGGAAAACCAUGGCUUUGGUGGGAUUAUGUGACUGACUUUGCAAUCCGUUGCCCAAUGAAAGAGAAGAAAUACAAUGAAGAAUGUGCAAAUAAAGUCGUUCAAUCUCUCGGUGUUGAUGUCAAGAAGGUACAGAAAUGUGUUGGAGACCCUGAGGCUGAUGAGGACAAUCCAAUUCUUAAAGCUGAGCAGGAUACACAGAUUGGCAAGGGCUCACGCGGAGAUGUUACUAUAUUACCAACUCUUGUGAUAAACAACAGACAAUAUAGAGGAAAGUUGGACAAGGGAGCAGUGCUUAAGGCCAUAUGUGCAGGAUUCCAAGAGACCACUGAACCUGCCAUUUGUUUGACUGAUGGCAUAGAAACAAAUGAGUGUCUGGAAAACAAUGGUGGCUGCUGGCAGGACAAGAAGGCUAACAUCACUGCAUGCAGGGAUACGUUCAGAGGAAGAGUGUGCGAAUGUCCUAUUGUGCAGGGUGUAAAGUUUACUGGUGAUGGUUACACUCAUUGUGAAGCUUCAGGACCUCUACGUUGUGAGAUAAACAAUGGAGGAUGCUGGAAGAAAUCCCAAAAUGGCAGGACUUACUCUGCUUGUGUUGAUGACAGUACUAAAGGUUGCAAGUGUCCACCAGGAUUCAAGGGUGAUGGAGUGAAUAGCUGUGAAGAUGUUGAUGAAUGCAAGGAGAAGGUGGCCUGCCAGUGCGCAGAGUGUAAAUGCAAGAAUACCUGGGGCAGUUAUGAAUGUAGCUGCAACAGUGGUUUAUUGUACAUGCAAGAACAUGACACUUGCAUAGGUAGUGAAUCAAGUGUACGGUAUAAUUGGGGCUUCAUUUGGUUUGUUAUUCUCUGCUUGGCUGCUGCUGGAGUUGGGGGAUAUGCAGUUUACAAGUACAGGAUCAGGAGAUACAUGGAUUCAGAGAUCAGGGCGAUCAUGGCGCAGUACAUGCCAUUAGAUAACCAAGGAGAAGUCCCGAAUCAUGUGGUUCGUGGAGAUAUUUGAGACUGGGAGAUGUAGGUCCAGAUGAUAUUAAAGAAAGAAAAAGAAAAAUGGAGGUGCAUAUCCUUACAAAUUAUGAUGUCCACCCUCCAAUUGGUUUAAAAAUUAUGGGAGUUAAAUAUACAAUUUGUGGCUGCCCAGCAGCAGCUAUCUCUAUUUAGCAUUUCAUCUUUCUAUUUAAUUAGCAGGAAAGAACCAUUUUCUCUGUUCUUUUCAUUGUAAAGAUAAAAUAUUUAGCUGAUGCACAUAACUCGUGAGUAAUUUGGUAAGAUUUUACACACUAUGGAAGCAGAGCAUGAGUAGUUUCUCUUUCU